AUGGCGGAUUUCCUGGGGAAGGCAGCUUUUAUGGGGUCGAAACUGGCAAUCAAGCAAGCGGACAAGCAUCCCAAGCCGCUGGCUAAAUCAGGGCUUCCAGAAGUUACAAACAUAUAUGAUCCAGUUUCAGGGUUGGUUGUUAUUUCUGUUCCGGACAAAUUGGUAGAUCUUACUGUUGCUGGGAAAUGGACCCAAGCUAUUAAAUAUGAAUCGCUCCCCUUUGCCUGUUUCCAUUGCAAAAAAUUGAGUCAUUGGGCAAAAUCUUGUCCGCUUAAGAAGAGUAAGGAAAGCAAGACCGAUAGCAAUGUGAAGUAUAAAAAGAAAUGGCAAACGAUAGAGAAAAAAGGAGACCCAUUAGUAGAGUGUGAUCCAGAAAAGGAAGAAAUGGAGCCAGAAAAUGAGGUGAAGAAGGGUGAGAACAGUAAUAAUGAAAAACAUGAUUGUGUAUGCUCUAAUAAUCAAAUAGAGAGAACUAAAGAAGGGGAGCAAGUAAGAGAGUUAAACAACAAAAAUGAUCCAGAGGACCAAGAGGUUGAUUCUGUUAGCCAAGAGAAAGAAGAGGAAAGUCCCAAUGAUCUUAUGCCUGCUUCUUCUGACUCAAAAUCAAUUGAGGAAAACUUCAAUGAAGCUCAGGAGUUUAACCCUUCUAAUAUUGAGCCUUUGUUGCUUCUAACCAAUGGAAACCCAAAGCUUCUCCAAUGUAAAACCCCAUCACAUAGUGUGGAAAUGGAUAUCCUGGAAGGAAAUCUUAGGAUUCUUGAGGAAACUGGAAAAGAUGGUAGUGAAAUGGAUACGGAUGAAUCUGAGGGUGACGACAACUGGAAAGAUGAGGAUGUGGGUGCAGAGGAUGAAGAAGGUGAGAAUGAGUUCUACAAUGAUAGCCCAAUCCACAAUGCUAGCCCUGGCAAUGACAACAGCCAACCAAUGAUGGAUAACCUGGAAAAAAAUGAGAAACGGAAGGAUGAGAAAAGGAAGGAUUAUGACAGGGAUCAAAUAAAAUAG